AUGUCCAAAGCCAACCAGACCGCUGCUGCCAAAGCCACCAGACCGGUUCGCAAGCCUCAUGCGGCUCAGACAACAUCAACAUCCAACUCCUUCCAACACGCCCAUGAUGCCAGCGAAAAUGCCAUGCACGGAUCAACUUCGCCGGACCUCCCCGGAUCUAAUGCAGCAACAACCCGACAAGUCUACUUUCCGCCUCCAAAAACGUCCCAUCGUCAAUCCCGCACCAACCCCACGACAGCGGUUAUCACCACCGUCACCGCCACCUAUGCUCGCGUUCCUGACUACCCGACGCCUCCGCCGGUUUCGUCAACCCCUAACAGUUUGAUAAUCCCUGUCGCAACAGCCACGAUGACGGAGACGACGGCUACCAUCCCUCUGACCCCUACCACCGAUGAGAAUACUCACGACGCCACGGAAGCGCCGCCCCUACAUUCACCGCUCCGCCACCAGCAAUGUGAAUGCGAUCCCAACCUGUCCGCAUUGCGAUCGCACCUUAAUCUCACUCAUCGGCUUGGUCGGUAG